UUUCCUACCUAUAGGUACUUGUUUGUUUCUGCUGGAGGUAGUGUCCUGGCAGUCAUCACGAUGGGCAUCUACAGCACCCUCCUGUUCACCUCCACACUUGCCUUUGUUCUACUCGUGUGCUGUGUGGAUCACAGCUGUAUCCACACCUGGGCAUUUCUAAUGCAGAUGUUGUGGCAAACCUUCUGGCACCUACUUAUACAGUACAGGGAAUACUACCUGCAUGAACCAGUCAGCAUCAGACUAUUUUUGGCAGUGUCCACUUUGAUGCUGCUCACCCAGAGAAUCACCUCUGUGUCUUUGGACCUUCAAGAAAAACGAGGCGUACUGACACCAUCCAAAAGGCAGGCUUGUGUCACGCUUCUCCCUCUUAUCAGCUACAUCCUCAAUUUUACCACACUGCUUGGUGGUCCUUUGGGUUCCUAUGGACAAUUCAUUACUCUAAUGGAGGGGAUCAACCUCACCUCGCCACCCAGGCCACUAGGUGUAGUUUUCCUAAAGCUGAUGCAAGUGUUAAUGCUAGAGUGGGUUAGAUUUUAUCUUGUCUAUUUUCUAAAAUAUCUUAUCCAUGAUUUCAACCCUGGCAUCCUCUAUGGCAUCCUGUCGACCUGGUGUCUUGGACUGGUUUUAAGAAUACAGUAUUACUCUCACUGGAAGAUCAGCGAAUGCCUCAAUAACGCAGCAGGGUUUGGCUUUUGGGAAGAUUCAUCUGGGGACUAUUUCUCCAAAUGGAGCGGACUAUCCGAUGGGGACUUCUGGACCACUGAGGCGUCAAUAUGCAUGUCACAGUUUACUCGUCGCUGGAACGCCACGACAGCUUCAUGGCUGCGUAGACUAGUUUAUGCAAGGCACAAACACUUCCCACUAUUCAUGUGCUUUGGUUUUUCACUGUGGUGGCAUGGUUUACACUUAGGACACUUUGUGGGGUUUUUCACCUGGGCAGCAACAGUGAAAGCAGACCAUCAUAUUCACAGGAACCUUUUCCCAAAUAUUACACCGACACAGAGAAAAAUCUACACUUUUGUAAACUGGAUAAACACUCAGAUGGUUGUUACUUGCAUUGUUAUAGCGGUAGAAUUUAGAAAUUUGUCUGGUUUGAAUCUUUUAUCCAAAACAUACAUAGGUCUUUUUCCACUUGUUAAUAUAAUCCUGCUCUUUAUCAUUUUAAACCUCAAUUCACUAGAACAGUAGUCUAUAUUAUUAAAGUAAAAAGAAUGUUGACUUUGGCUUCAGGAACAUAACAUAUAACUGGGCUUAGAUUAUAACACUAUUUCUACAUUUCAGAUGCAAUUAUAAAACACUAAUUACACCCCUACAUGCUGUUAAUCAAAAAGCAAAAGCACGUGUGAUCACCUCUAUAAAAGCGUUUUUUUCAGCGGUUUCUGGGUUGGAGCAUUCAGAUGUAAUAUGGGCUACAUCUCAGACUCUCAUGGCAGUACAAUUUGACUGAACAGUUGUGGCUUGUUUGCCAGGAGAAAAAUUUCUUCUUUCUAAAAAGAAAGCAGCAGUUUAGGUUUGCCAAGUUUCAACUGAAUGACACAUAAGAAAAAAAAACCCAACAUGGCCAAAAUGCACAGACCUACGUUUGACAAAAACCAAAACACAGGAUGCCCAGGACCUGGACACCUUACAUUCACUGAGUCGACCUUCAGCUCUUCUGUAUACCAAAGUAUUUUAGAGUGAAAUGUGAGGCCAUCUGUCUGACAGCUAGUUUUGCCAAAACUGGGUCGUACAACAGGACAAUGAUCCCAAGCAAACCUGGAAAUCUACAACAGAAUGGCUAAAAAAAGAAACACAUCAAAGUGUUGCAAUGGACCGAUUAAAGUCCAGUCCUCAACCUGAUUGAAUUGCUUUGGUAGGACCUUAAGAAACUUCCACAUAAACAAAUGCCUGCAAAUAUCGAGCUGAAGCAACACUGUAAAGAAGAGUGGGCCGAAAUUCCUCAACAACAAUGUAAGAAACUGAUAAACUGAUAGUGUGUGAAUGUCUGUGUGAAUGGGUGGAUGUCUGGAUAUGUAGAGCGCUUUGGGGUCCUUAGGGACUAGAAAGCGCUAUAUAAAUACAGGCCAUUUACCAUUUACCAUAAAGUCAUAGAGAAAAUGAUUACUUCAA